AAUUAAUUCCCCCCUAUACCUAUCCUCAUCCUUCACAAUGGGCUCCGUCGCAAACCUCCCCAAGGCCGGCACCUUCCUUUUCACCUCCGAGUCCGUCGGAGAGGGUCACCCCGAUAAGAUUGCUGACCAGGUCUCUGAUGCCAUCCUCGAUGCCUGCCUUGCUGAGGAUCCUCUCUCUAAGGUCGCUUGUGAGACUGCCACCAAGACUGGUAUGGUCAUGGUCUUCGGUGAAAUCACUACCAAGGCCCAGGUUGACUACCAGAAGGUCAUCCGUGGUGCCAUCCAGGAUAUCGGCUACGAUUCUUCCGAGAAGGGUUUCGACUACAAGACCUGCAACGUCUUGGUCGCCAUUGAGCAGCAGUCCCCUGAUAUCGCCCAGGGUCUUCACUACGACGAGGCCCUUGAGAAGCUCGGUGCUGGUGACCAGGGUAUCAUGUUUGGUUAUGCCACCGACGAGACCCCUGAGCUCCUCCCCUUGACUGUCACCAUUGAGUACGCCCACGACAACGGUGCUGUCAAGCCCCUGCGUGUCGACACCGUUGUCAUCUCUGCUCAGCACAGCGACGAUCUCUCCACUGAGGAGAUCCGUGUUGCUCUCAAGGAGAAGAUCAUCAAGCAGGUCAUCCCUGCUGAGCUGCUCGACGACCGCACUGUCUACCACCUCCAGCCCUCCGGCCGCUUCGUCAUUGGUGGUCCCCAGGGUGACGCUGGUCUGACCGGCCGUAAGAUCAUCGUCGACACCUACGGUGGCUGGGGUGCUCACGGUGGUGGUGCUUUCUCUGGCAAGGAUUACUCCAAGGUCGACCGUUCCGCCGCCUACGUUGCCCGUUGGGUCGCUAAGUCCCUGGUCAACGCUGGUCUCGCUCGUCGUGCCCUUGUCCAGCUCUCCUACGCCAUUGGUGUCGCUGAGCCCUUGUCCGUCUUCGUUGAGACCUACGGUACUUCCGAGAAGUCCUCCGAGGAGCUCGUCCAGAUUGUCCGCAACAACUUUGACCUCCGUCCUGGUGUCAUUGUCAAGGAGCUUGAUCUGGCCAAGCCCAUCUACUUCCAGACCGCCAAGAACGGUCACUUCACUAACCAGGAGUUCUCCUGGGAGAAGCCUAAGACCCUCAAGUUCUAA